AUGGACAUCUGAAUAGCUGGGGACUUGGCCUGCCUUGCCUACUGAGCUUGAUGGAAGAUUGGAUGCAGAUGAGUUGAUUGUAUGCCAUGAGUUAAUAGCUCACCACCAGCCAGGGUUUAAACUACUUUUUCAGCAUCACUUCACCUGUGGACUCUUAUAAAUUUUGCUUUCCUGGGGAAAAACUGCGGUAAGAGGAGGUCAUUUUUAACAAGUUAGCAUUCUUUUCCCUUCCUUACAAGUUGAUACAAAGCAUAAGGCUGUGACUCCAUUGGAUUUCACCUUUAAAUCAAAAUAGGAGGAGAAGAAGAAAGAGACAAUGGCUCUCAGUGGAAACUGUAGUCGUUAUUAUCCUCGGGAACAAGGGGCCACAGUUCCCAACUCCUUCCCUGAGGUUGUAGAGCUGAAUGUCGGGGGUCAAGUUUAUUUCACUCGCCAUUCCACAUUAGUAAGCAUCCCUCAUUCCCUUCUGUGGAAAAUGUUUUCCCCAAAGAGAGACAUGGCUAACGAUCUAGCCAAGGACUCCAAGGGAAGGUUUUUCAUUGACAGGGAUGGAUUCUUGUUCCGUUAUAUUCUGGACUAUCUCAGGGACAGGCAGGUGGUUCUGCCUGAUCACUUUCCAGAAAAAGGAAGACUGAAAAGGGAAGCUGAGUACUUCCAGCUCCCAGACUUGGUCAAACUCCUGACCCCUGAUGAAAUCAAGCAAAGCCCAGAUGAAUUCUGCCACAGUGACUUUGAAGAUGCUUCCCAAGGGAGUGAUACGAGAAUCUGCCCCCCUUCCGCACUGCUCCCUGCCGACCGCAAGUGGGGUUUCAUUACUGUGGGUUACAGGGGAUCCUGCACCUUGGGCAGAGAGGGACAGACAGAUGCCAAGUUUCGGAGAGUUCCCAGGAUUCUGGUUUGUGGAAGGAUUUCCUUGGCAAAGGAAGUCUUUGGAGAAACUUUGAAUGAAAGCAGAGACCCUGACCGAGCCCCAGAAAGAUACACCUCCAGAUUUUAUCUCAAAUUCAAGCAUCUGGAAAGGGCUUUUGAUAUGUUGUCAGAGUGUGGAUUCCACAUGGUGGCCUGUAACUCAUCAGUGACAGCAUCUUUCAUCAACCAAUAUACAGACGACAAGAUCUGGUCAAGCUACACUGAAUAUGUCUUCUACCGUGAGCCUUCCAGGUGGUCAUCCUCGCACUGCGAUUGCUGCUGCAAGAACGGCAAGGGUGACAAAGAAGGGGAGAGCGGCACGUCCUGCAAUGACCUCUCCACCUCCAGCUGCGACAGCCAGUCGGAGGCCAGCUCUCCCCAGGAGACAGUCAUCUGUGGGCCUGUGACACGUCAGACCAACAUCCAGACUCUGGACCGUCCCAUCAAGAAGGGCCCCGUCCAGCUGAUCCAGCAGUCAGAGAUGCGGCGGAAAAGCGAUCUGCUCCGGACUCUGACUUCUGGCUCCAGGGAGUCAAACAUGAGCAGCAAAAAGAAAGCUGUUAAAGAAAAGCUCUCCAUUGAGGAGGAGCUGGAGAAAUGCAUCCAGGAUUUCCUAAAGAUCAAAAUUCCAGAUCGGUUCCCCGAGAGAAAACAUCCUUGGCAAUCUGAACUUUUACGGAAGUAUCAUCUAUAGGGGAGGGCUGGGGGGUGGGAAAAGAAAAAAAAAAUGAGUCACCAUUUUGAAAUAAACCUCCUAAAAGAAAUUCAUAUUUUAAAGGAAAAAAAAAUCACCACUAACGAUAACAUAUUUGUUAGAACACAAUAGUCCAUUGAUACACUACUGCCUACUUUACCUAGUUCACCUUAACAUAUAAAUCCACAGGGUAGAUUUCUUUCUAGAUGUGGAAAUACAAGAAAAUCUUUUUUUGUCGUAUGUUUGUUUGUUAACUUGGUCCCAUGUGCUAAAUAUCUUCUAUACAAUGAAAGCCAGCUACAUAGGAGUAGCUGAGAGGCCUUGGGUAUCAUUUAUCCCAAACUGGGUUUUUUUUUUCUCUCCUCUUCUACCUCCCUCCUUUGAAAAGAGGAUAUGGUAGAAAGAGAUUUGGCCCAAUGGCAACAUGUUUGGGAUAUUUUAAUUUUGCUUUUUCUUUGUGUUUAUUGGGUAAGUGGGAGGAAUGGCAGAUUUAUAUGACUUUUCAUUCAACUCUAUAUGUGCCAGUUUAUAUCGACUCUGUAUGCAUGAGUAUUUGUGCAACACAAGCACAACUGAGUAUGUACAUACACACAGUGCACACGACGCCAGGGCCUGGACAUCCCAAGGGCUGUGCGCCUGCUCCCGGCAGCACCUCGUAGAGCACUUACGACAGACGAGCCUCUGCCUCUUUCUAAAACUCUUCUGGGAAGCUUUCCCAGGCCCUCAGUAACAUCCUUCUAACAUUGAAUAACCCUUAUUAUCAACAAAUUGUCUUCCUGAUUUCAAAAUUAACACCCUCAGGCUCCAUUUUACUGCUUUGCUCUUUGUCUGCAUCAGGAGAGGGUGCAUACAUAGAACUAGUCGAAUGUUCUUUGUCUUAAAAAAAGUUCAUGUCCACAAAAAUGACCCUACACUCAGCCUUUUCUACCCUGAACUGAAUUUUUGCCCUUCUCUCAAUGUUUGCAGAGUUCUUACUGCCCACAUUUUAGCGAUGUGGCCUUUCCACACAAUCCACAUUAAGUUCCCGUAUUCCUGUAUAGUUGGGGAACUAAGAACAACACACAGUACUUGAAUGAGGGUCUAGCAUUUUUUUUGUUUUAAAGGAAAUUGUAUUUCACACAUGUCCUAAUAAUUUCUCAUAAAAAUUUUAAAUCACAAUGCUAUACUGUUACUUGCUUCUAGCCAGUUUUGUUUGCUUUUGGGAUUCUGGGGUUUGGCUGUGUCCAUACUAGGAUUUAUAGCUGUCAUUUUAAUGAAGUCUGUAACAACUCAACCAGGUAACUGGUGCUCCAAAGUUAAGGUUUUGGCUUUGUAAAGUAUCUCUUUUGAUGACAUACUUGACUGGUAUAGACACAGCCAAAAAAAAAAAAACCUGUUAAUAGCCAUCCAUCCAUCCAUGUGACUCUGUAUUCUAUAAUUGUAUCAAUAGCUCCUUCAUAGACUUGUGCGAAAUGAAGGUUAAAAGACCAGUUUUUAUUUUCAGCAUUCCUCAUGGAUUUCAGUGGCAACUGAAAAAAUAAUUUGUCAAUUAUUAAUUGUGUGCCAAGCACUUCUAAUUUUUUUAUUGUGUGUGUGUGUGUGUGCGUGUGUGUAUGUGUAUCACAGGUAAUAAAGGCAACGGGAUGAUGUCUGUAGGAAGAAAAGAUAAUGACUGAUUCCUUCCUUUUGAAAUCUUUUAUUGACGCACAUUUAUCAUGUGAGAGAGCCUGUCUUGAUUUCUGUUAUUAUUGUCCAUUAGUUUAUGAAGAUCAUUCUGAAUUUUUAUAAUUUCUGCCUUUACAUGCAGAUGACAGACUUAGCCUAUGUUUUCUUGUCAUGAAGGUUUGAAUGAAGUUUAAAGUUUUACAUAAGCGAAAAAGAAAAUUUCUUUGGGGAGUUGAGUUGUCAAGAGAAUUAUAAUUUACAAAUUUAAGUGGUGUUCUUUUCUGUAUUAAUAUAUUAGUGGAUAUACAAUCUUAACUACAACAUAGCUUUGUUUAUAAAGCCUAUCAAUAUGUUUUCAUUCUUUUCAAUGUUUCUUGAUAGUACAUCAAAAUGCCAUCAUCCUAAUGAUAGAAGAUCCUGCAAAGAAUCACAGAGCUUAAUGGGUCAAGGAGAAGUUGAAUUUGGGGAAAAUAUCUUCAAACUCACUUUGGUCAAAUGACUAUUGUGGUCCCACUGAAAGUGCUGUGAAAGAGUUUGGGGUCUAACUAAAAUGGCCAAAGUUCCAAGUUCCUUAAAUUUCAGACCUGACCAUAAUGGUGUCAAGAUAGAGAGACACCCUAGUAAGAACUGGAGAAUUGAGCUGGCAGUCAACCCAAUACUGCUACUACAUACUUUAAACAGAAAAUUAAACACUGCAAAAAAAAAAAGUGUUCAUGACACUGUUCCUUCAGCACCUGACUUGUCAUGAAAUUUUUCUGCUCAGGUAUUCUUUAUGCCCCUAGUGAAUAAAACUAGGAGUAGGAAAUCUGUUUAAAACAACUGCAACAACAGCUUUUUUAUUCUGGGCCAGCUCUAGGCUGGCACCCACCCCAUGGUAAAAAGUCCAAAUAGCUAAGACAACAACAUGCUGUUCAUCUGUGUGGGUGUUGGUAUAGAGGUAGAUACAGACCUGGUCAAUAAAAGACUCUAUGGAGGCAUCAGGCACAUGGAAAUCUUCAGUCCUAGUUUGAGUGGGGUUAUCAGGUGAGGUCCAGGUUGCCUGCAACGUUGGAAAUGAGGUCUGAGUAAUUGAGUUACAGGAUUAGAUGCGCUAGUAGCCCUGGCAAUCACCGUGAAUCAGGCCUCUUUCCCUGAAGUUAACAUAGUUUUUAGAAUUUUUAGUUCAAUUCUGAACAGAACAAUAUAUGUGGUUUGCUUCUUGAGCAUUGGUUAUGACAAGGGCCAUAAAUUGCUGUUAUAAAGAAACUAAUAGCAUCAGAUGGGUCAAAUGAAUGGGGAAUCACAUAUAGAUUCCCAACUUAGAUUGCCUCCUGGGAAAUCGCAUGAUGCUAAAAUCCAGUGAGCUUGGGGAGAUCAUUCCCUAAGGAUAUGUGGGUCUCUUGAAGUCAGAAACAUAAAGACCUACUAUCAGAAAGGGGGAGUGAUCCAUGUCCAGCAAGAAAAGAGGAAGACAGGAACAUAAAACUUCUUGAUCAUAUGGUAGUGCACUCUCCUCCCCCUGCUAAGAAAAAUUGCACUGAGAUGUGGUCAUAAAAACAACAAAGUGAAGUGGCUUCCAAAAUAUGCAGUGAUGUUGUCCUUCGUAAUUAUGGCACAGUUAUCUUACUGGAAAUGCAUGCAUAGUGAAUUAAAAUAAAAGGGGGAAAAUGCACAAAUUA